AUGGCAAAUAGACUAAAAUCUGAUAUUUAUCAGCAACGCGAGAAGGCGCAAGACAGCAUCAGAGAGCCGAUGAAUCGGAUAAGAGCACUGAUUGCACACCAUUUUGGUCAUUCCGAUUUGAAGAUGCUCUUUUGGGAUUUGAGCAGCGAUCGACCGGAGAAUGAUGAGUAUCUGAUAAACACCGUUUGUGAGAUUCUCGGGAAAAUGGCGAAAGAGGAGAAAUACUCGGCCGUCAAUGAGAUGAUUCAAAUCGUGCAACAGGAGAAAUCGGCACGGAAAAUGGAGACCGAGAUGUUGAUCGACAAAAUCUUCAAGACAGCUUGCCAGCGAGGAGAUAUCAGUCCAAAUAUGUGCCUCGAGGGACUCGCGUUGACCGCCGAUUUCACGCUUAAGACAAAGCUUGAUGGGGAAAAGUUUCGAUACAUAAAGGAAAACCUUCGCCGCAUCGAUUACAAAGGAGUCCGAUCGUUGUUCAGUCGAAUCGUCAAAUCGUUCUCGAAACUGCCAAUGGUUUUGUCGGCGGCUCAACGAAAAUCGAUGCUACCCAUCGAAGAGUUGAUGCUUUACAUCAUGGAUCGAAAAUCGAAUCUCAUCCCGUCGCUCUUCGUUGUUACAGAGUUGCAAAAGGAUGCGACGAAAGUUUUCAUGUUUCCCCGACUCGCCAGCGCGGCCACCUACUUCGAGAACAGCUAUCGACCGGUUGCCGAAUUGACGCAGAUCACGGGAAGAUCUUUCCUCUUUCCGUUGCCCGGUCAUCCGAUGUUCUCAGUGAGUGCAACUGCGUGGAAAAUCAACGGAAACGAUAAUCACAUUGCGUUACGAGCUGUCCUCCCCUAUCGAAUCGAGCUCUCCGAGCCACAAUCCUACACGAUUUACGCGAUUCGAAAGCAACCCCGUGGCAACAAGGAUUACUUGAUGCAAUGCCUUCGCCCGCAGACAUCACGCACCGAUUUGACAGCAAUCAUCGCCUACUUAGUGCUGGAAACAUUAGCCGAAGUUGAGACUCUGCCACCAGACGCUGAGAUUCCCCGAUAUCAAUGGGAAAACAUAUGCUCGAUUUUCAUCACCGAAUUCUUCAAUCAGCAAAUAAGCAUUCCGAAAUUUUUGACCAUUCUCACGGAAGCGAUUCGCAAAUCUGGCUAUAGAAAGGGUCGCGAUGAAUUGAUAUGGCUUUUGUUGCAACUUGUCGGCAUUUUACCUACCUACAAGACAUGGAUCGAUGAAAUCAAGACAUGGAUUGAUGAAUUCAGAGAGUUGCAUGAGGCUUGUUAUGGUGCGGUAAAAGAGAACAUUUUGGCCUCAUCGGAUCAUCCCUCGAAAAUGGUUCGCUUUCUUGCGCCCGCUUGUUUGUGGAUCUAUUUGGAGGGCAGAGAGGGUUUCACUCCUCCACAACACGAGACCCUACUCGAGCAAAUGACUUACAUUAAACGUCACGGUGAAUCGGACGCUUUGAAGGACGAUGCAAUGUUGGCAGUUUGUGCGAAUGCUUCUCGUGGUGAAAAGGAACCUGGACCGUAUCAGAACGUGCACAGAGAGUUACAACAAAAGGUUGACACAGUGAAUCAACAACAAUCGCAUCCCGAAACCCUGUUCGCGUUGAGCUAUGGACGAUUGGCGGUAAACAAGCUGGAACCGUGUACGAUUGAGUUCCUCGACUCUCUCACGAUCCGCGCGAAGAGUUUGAUGUUUACCGAGUACGUGCGCAUGCUGACGUCCGGGGUUCCGGAUCGUUUACCGAGUCCAGCGCUUUUGGAAACAAUCGCGAUGCUCUGUCAGAUCAUUGAUUUCGAGCGAGCUCCUUCAUAUUUCUACAUAAAAAUCCUGCCUCAACUACUCUCGACGGCUUUCCAAACGCCACAAGUUCAACAAUCUCAACCUCCAAUGGAUCCACAGACAGCUCGUGAUCUGACGAAUAUCUGCUGUGAGCUGCUCAGCUAUCGGCUCAAUCAGAUGCCGAUCACGUGUCAAAUUCGGUAUAAUCUGACGAUCACCUGCUUGACAGUGUUGAGGAAUGCGCCGAUGACCCAAAUCCCUCCAAUGACGAACGCUCUCUACUUUGCUGUCGAGCAUUUGAUGUUGCGCACGAUGUGGUGGAUCCCAUGGCCCGAGGCGAUCAUCUACUGCUCGAAUUUGAUGAAGCAAAGGGGGCACAUCUGGAAGGUUUUCUGCGCCUCAAAAAGCUACACAACUCCUGCAACAGGCGAUAAAGUGCCGCCAGUGAGCCCCGAAGUGGUGCGGAUGUUCGCUGUGAAUUGGUUUCGAAUGCUCAAGAUUUGUGGCAUCGCUAGUACCAGUGGUGAGGUCCAUCCCGAGGUUGUCGAGCAUCUCCUCAUCGCGUAUCCGAUGCCGAAAUCGCAAAUUCUCUCUUUUCAUCCAUUGAUCAAUGAGAUUAACACCUCGAUCGACCUGCAACGAUUCGACGACUACAACAAGGAUCUGCACAAUUUGAACAGUGCUGUCAAUCAAGAUUGUAUGACGAUUCGCGGAUUGGAUCUUGAUACAAUUGUUCAAUACUUUCGCAAUAAGCAUAAUCCACAAACCACCAGUCCACCACAAGCGACGCUGCUUUGCGUAGCGUUUACUGCUUUACACACGAAUGAACCUGUGAAUCGUUUACCUUCAUUUUAUAUGAUCCUCUCCGAAAUGUCGACCAUCGAACUGGUGAAUUGCUCGAAUGCGUUAGCUGAUUAUCUCAUCUAUCAACUGCAAGAAGCGCCUGAUGAAAGGAAACAAGACUACUUGACGAAUACAGUGCGUGCACUUGAGAGCAUGAUUUGGAAUUACCACUUCAUCACUCUCGAUCGUCUUCUUCUAUCGCUGGCCGUUCAUCCGCCCACUGAUGAGGCCUCGAAAUGGGGGAUUUACAUUAUCUGUCAUCUUUUAUCAAGAUCUCAAUUCCAAGAACGUGUCCGCUACUACACCCAUAACAUGCCACCAUCUCAUCAACCGUGUGGAGCCGAUUACGCGCAGAAACUUGCCGAGUUUCACAAGCGUUUCCCCGAGCUCACCUAUGUCGAGAUGUUGCAAUCGGCGCAAGCGACUUUUCAGGGAAUGUCAAUGCAAAUACCUGAAGUCAUUCCCGAACACCAUUUCCCGAUCUAUUAUGGCAGUGUCAUCGAUCGGAUAUUGCCUAUAGCCGAUUUCAUCGUGAGUCGAACGAUCGAGUUGAAUCGUCAAUUGGCUGACGAGGUCUUCGCUAGCUUGCUCAACUAUUUGGCUCCAUUAUACAAAUUUCAUCCUUACCCGAUCACUUUCGUCUACAAUACGCUCUUUUGUCUGCACGAGAUCGUGCCACCGCCGAGGGCAAAAGAUUUGGUCACAGCGAUUUUCAGAGAGCACGAACCCCAUCAACCGUUCACCGCCUCGUUUACACAAUCGAAUCACCAAAAUGCACCGUUGCAGGCAAUCGUCCUCGAGUUGGCUCAACGCUUUGCCGAUGCCACUGAAUUCGUGCUAAGACCUCCUGAUUUCGUGGCGAAAGAUUGGCGCUUCGCUGAGUUGUCGCCCGGAGUGCACGCGCUUUCUUUAGCUUGUAUCGAGCUGAUGGCUUCUCCACAUUUACCUGACAAAUGGAUUCAAGCAAUGAUCUCCGUGCUGUGCACGAUGAAAUUGAAACGUCCACAUCAGAUUCUGAACGCUCUCUCGUUGAUUCUCAACUCGUUGCCACCAAUUUAUGGGCAAAGGCUGGCGAACGAAGUGCUCGCGUUAUUCGAUGAUGGUCAUUUAGAGGAUCUCUCACCGCAACAAGUCGGCUUCAGCUAUUUCGAGGAGGAUUGUCUUUUCAUCAAAUGUACCCGAGCGACGGCUGUUGUCGCUUUAUCGCACGCCUAUUGGUUUCAAUCGAAUUUGGUAACAUUCCUGAAAAUGUUAUCGCUUUUGGAGAAGGAGCUUUUCGAGAAUGGACGAGUCGGGAAAAUGUAUGAAAGAGAGUUGAUUCUAAUGCUGCGCUUGUUGGUGCCAACGCUGCAACGAUGCCAUGCGCAUUGCCCGAAAGAGUGCCUAAACACGAUCUCGUUCAUCUAUCGACUCGUUGGCGAGGUGUCAGCAAAUGUGAAAGCACAAUUCGAAUACGAGGACACGAUUUGUGAUCUCUUCUAUCAUUUCAAAUAUUUAUACGUCGGAGAUUUUGUCAAAACUGAAGCUGGCUUCGAGGAAACGUUUACGAAAAUGCAUCCAGCGAUGAGGGAAAAGCUAAAGUACAUUGUGAAGACGACAAACGAGGAUGAGGAGAACAUUGACGAAAAGGAUACUUUGAGCGCUUCGAUGGGCAGAGGAUUGGUGCCAAAGAUUUCCGUGGAUGUCACGAAUCAACAAGGUGGAUCGUCAGGGUUGGGAUCGAUG